AUGACCACCCUGCAGCCCGCAGCCAUGGUCAAGUGUCUGCUGCUGCUGUUCGUGUUGGGGCUCACUCUCCUGAGGGAGGGGGCAGCUCAGAAAAACCCCAAAGCAGGGGAUACCGCCCUUUGUCCAACUCUGGAGGACAACAGCGUGAGGGUUGACAUUCGCAUCCUGAGUCAAAGCCGGGCUGUUGCCAUCGCACACGACUUCCAGAACCGCUCCAGCUCUCCCUGGGAUUACAACAUCACCAGGGACCCCCACCGGUUCCCCUCCGAGAUUGCAGAGGCCCAGUGCCGGCACUCGGGCUGCAUCAAUGCCGAGGGGAAAGAGGACAGCUCCAUGAACUCCGUCCCCAUCCAGCAAGAGUUCCUGGUCCUCCGGAGGGAGCCCCAGGGCUGCUCCCGCUCCUUCCGGCUGGAGAAGGUGAGGGUGACUGUUGGCUGCACCUGUGUCACCCCCAUUGUCCGCCAUGUGCGGGACCUGAGAGCUGCACCUCAACUUGGCUGA